UUUUGGGAAUUACCAGUUUUUCUGCUAGCCAAAACAAGUUUAAAUUUAAAAACACAGUCAUAUGUAAGAACCAAAGGAAGGUAUCCAAGAAAAGCUGGCAGCUGGUUUGACGUCAUGAUUCACUUUGAGAAGGUUUUAAGCAUAGUGAAGAAAACUAUCUGCAAUGCAUCAUCCCUUGAAAUCCAAAAUUUUCUCAGAGAACUUUUGUUGGCAAAGAUCCUUACUGUGGACUGCUACCAGUGUCUAUUAACACAGAAUGACACUGAAGAUUUGGCCAGGCGAGUUUCUUUAAAUAUCUGGGAAAAAUGGGAUUUUUGCCAUGGAAUAAUUUCUUCACUACUGAAUAUACCAGAGACUCUCUUAUUAAAUCAAUGUUCAAGAAGUUGUGGAGACCAGACUUCCAACAUGGAGUUUACAUAUCCGAUAGAAAACAUCUGUCAGAGUUUAGAUUUCUUUGGAAUGCAGGAUAUUUCAGAUGGCUGUAUUCUGGAUUAUGAUGAAUAUCACAUUUGGACAGGUGAGGAUGAGAACUCCAUAUCCUUGGAUGAGCCAAAUGAGCUUGAAAAACUUUGUGAGGAUAUUACAGAUUUUCCAGAUAUUGCAUCCCUGACUUCUGACAUCUUUAAUAAUGAAAAUAUUUUUUCUCCAAACCCAUGUACUCUUGAAGAAGAACAAAACCUUGGUAAGCAUAAGACAGCAUCAGCAUCAUAUUACACUGGUGUCUUCUCUAUUAGGCACACUUGCCUUAUGUCUUCUAAUUGA